GUACGCCCUGAACAGUGAGUUAGCAUCAUCUCAAAGAGGAGCAUGCACGCACAAUGUGGUCGUUAGAUGCAUGGUUGGGAUUUUGAUCUGUGGAAAAUGAGUUGGAUGCUCUCCGCCUGGAUGGCGACGGCCCUGCUGGCUCUCUGUCGGGGACAAAACAUUGUGAACGAAGGGAAUAGCCUGUCUGUGUCUGGCUACCAUCUAUGUGUUCACAAUGUGACAAGGAAUGUGAGUUUCCUGGUGAUGCACACGGUCCCCUACACCACGACGAAGCCUUGCGGUGGCUGGCUCCACUGGAAGACAUGUACGGUCACACUUUACAGGGUGACCCAUCAGACCGAGCGGAAGACAGUGAUGGAGCAGGUGAUCGGAUGCUGCAGUGGCUAUGAACAAGUCGGCCGUUACUGCGCCCGGCCUGUAAACAGGAGUGAUGAGCUCACUGCCAAGCCAGGAUCCUGUCCAACUGCAGAUGGACUGUGUCCCAGAUCUAAGGACUGCGAGUGGGACAUGGACUGCCCAGGCUGGCAAAAAUGCUGCCGCUUUCUCUGCACUGAUCCUACAAGCUUCGCAAAUUAUUCUGAGACUGGUGGAAACCAAUUUAACGCAACAGUGACAGUGAAGACAGAUUACCUGCAACUGAUGUCCAGCGAAAGAGGACUUCUGAACCACACGCGGUUGCUCCAAGCAAUGGUGACUGGAGCUCUGCAGUCUGAUGUUUCGGUUUAUUACCUCAGCUCACAGCCUGUGCAUCCCUACAGAAGCGCCACCUCGCUGCUGAUUAGCUGUAACUUUGCUCUUUCGCUGCACAAUGUCACAUCAAAGCUGCACCAUCUCCUCAAUCGCAUACAGGAGGUGACAUCUGUAAGCGUGGAAGAUGUAGAUGAGUGUGCUCAGUCUGCUCUCCGUCAGUGCUCCCUUCAUGCAGACUGUAGCAACACAGUGGGCUCCUACCGUUGUGCAUGCCAACAGGGAUUUAUUGACGUUGACCCCAGGAACCCUGGAGCCCAUUGCACAGCUGACGUUGGGGCGACGCCCACCACAGAGCUCCCGCUUUCCUCCCUUACCCCCACAAACACUGACCCUCUGAGCAUCAACUCUACCGGAGAACCACCUCUGCAGACAACAUCAUGUUCACCUCCCAACAUCACCAACGCGUGGUCGGCUAACGUUACUGGAACCUCCUUCAGUGUCUACUGGUCGAGCCGAUGUCAGACGGUCCAGACAUACCAGGUUGUUUUGAGGAGAAGGUCAGAGGUCGUACAGUCUUGGAUGACCAACCAGACCUGGGUGGAGGUGAAGGACCUGCAGCCAGGGGUGCUCUACAACAUUAGCGUCACGCCGUGUUCCUGCACAAGCCAAGGAGUCCCCUUUGGUGUAUCGAUCAAGACCGAUGCUCAGACUCUCGACGCCACAGCGCUACUCACCAACAUUUGGUUCACUGCUGAUCUGCACAACACCAGCAGCCAGGCCUACGAAAACCUCACUGAAAGCAUCAUGGAGGAGAUCUACCAGAGUCUGUCUCCAGAGAUGAAGGCCAUGGUGGAUUCCGGCCGGGUGAGAAUCGACAUCAGAAGCUUUUCCCCGGGGAGCGUGGUGGUCAACUUCACCAUCGUCUUCGCCCCCAGUCAAAGCCAAGACAUCGAUGAUGUGUCCACAGCUCUGCUGCAUUCCCUGAUGAACAGCACCAAAUACACGGUGGAUAAAAACAAGACAAGAACGAAUGAUUUUAAUGAAUGUGCUUCAGGGGAAAAUGACUGUUCUCAGUGGGCUACAUGUAACAACACCUGGGCCUCCUACACAUGUGUUUGCCUGGAUGGAUUUAUUGACAAUAACCUAGAAAGGCCUGGGCGAGCCUGUCAAGUCGCAACAACCACCACUGCUCCAACAACAACCACCACUGCUCCAACAACAACCACCACUGCUCCAACAACCAACACCACUGACCCAACAACCAAAAAUACUGACCCAACGACUAACAGUACUGACCCAACAACCAACAAUACUGACCCAACAACCAACAUUACUGACCCAACAACCAACAUUACUGACCCAACAACCAACAUUACUGACCCAAGAACCAACAUUACUGACCCAACAACCAAAAAUACUGACCCAACGACUAACAUUACUGACCCAACAACCAACAUUACUGACCCAACAACCAAAAAUACUGACCCAAGAACUAACAUUACUGACCCAACAACCAAAAAUACUGACCCAACAACCAACAUUACUGACCCAACAACCAAAAAUACUGACCCAACAACCAACAUUUCUGACCCAACAACCAACAUUACUGACCCAAGAACCAAAAAUACUGACCCAACAACCAACAUUACUGACCCAACAACCAACAUUACUGACCCAACAACCAACAUUUCUGACUCAACAACCAACAAUACUGACCCAACAACCAACAUUACUAACCCAGCAACCAACAAUACUGGCACAACGACCAACAUUACUGACCCAACAACCAACAUUACUGCUUCAAUAACCAACAUUACUGACCCAACAAUCAACAUUACUGCCCCAACAACCAACAUUACUAACCCAUCAACCAACAUUACUGACCCAACAACCAACAAUACUGACCCAACAACCAACAUUACUGACCCAACAACCAACAUUACUGACCCAACAACCAACAUUACUGACCCAACAAUCAACAUUACUGCUCCAAUAACCAAUAAUACUAACCCAACAACCAACAAUACUGACCCAAAAACCAACAUUACUGACCCAACAACCAACAUUACUGCUCCAAUAACCAAUAAUACUAAUCCAGCAACCAACAAUACUGACCCAACGACCAACAAUACUGCCCCUAAAAUCAGCCCUUCCGCCCCAACAACCAACAUUGCUGCCCCUGAAAUUAGCACUUCCACUCCAACAACUGAACUUGUCCAAACAACCAAUUAUAGUGCCCCUGAAUUCACCCCAACUGCUCCCACAACCAACAUUAUUGCCACAACAAGCAACAUUUCUGUCUCUGUAUUCACCCCUACUGCCGCGACAACCGACAGUACUUCCCCCGCGAUCACCACUACUACUCCUAGAACAUCUACUGCCGUAACAACCACAGCUACUGCAAUGAUAUCCAAAGCGUCUACCCCUACAAUCACUGUUGCCAGCCUCACUACCACCAUUUCAGCUCCUGUGACCACCGCUACUUUCCUGAGAGCUGCCAAGAAUAUCUCGAUGAUGGGGGCCAUCUCAGUCCAUUGCACGGUUGCUGCCAUCACUGUGACAGUUGCCAAGGACUUUCUGACGAGCAACAAGAUCAGGGAGCAAACUCUGCAUUUGGGCUUGCUGAAUUGUACCUUCAAUGGAGGCAACGACAGCCAUGCCCAGCUGACUGUGGCCUGGAAUGAGUGUGGUACCAGCCUAGUGCAUAAUGAAACCUACUACAUGACAUCUGUAACCCUUUUCAACAUCAUGGACAUGUACAAGUCAGACAGUGGAGAAAUGGAGGUACCCAGAAUACGUCUGGAGGCUCCCAUCAUGUGUACCUUCAAGAAGAGCCUGCUCAUCUCUGCUGACUUUGGCUCCAUGGGGUAUGACAUCAUCACAGAUGUCUUCAUCGGCUCGGGGUCGUUCCAGGUGACAGUGCGGCUGACAAACGGCACAAUGCUUCUACCCAACAACCACAGCUUGUCCUCUGACGAGGCUGUGGUGGUGGAGGUCAGCCUCAACACCCCUUCAGAGCAGAUGAAAGUAGUCAUCAACAAAUGCUGGGCCACUCCCACUCCUACCCCCACCCAAAAUCCCAAAGACACCGACAGCAACACCUUCCUGGAGAACAGCUGCUCCCUGAACAUACACACCAACGUGUUGAUGACUGGCAACUCCAGCACAUCUCGUGUGUCAGUGCAGAUUUUCUCUAUCGUCAACCUGGAUGUGAUCUAUCUGCACUGCCUGGUCUACAUCUGUGAGGAGACUGGAUCCGAUAGCUGUGUGCCUGACUGUCUGCAAAGAACGGCUCGCUCUUCAAAAAACAUUGGAUCAGCUGUCGGUUCUUCCGGGGCUCUGCUGAAGUUAUAUGACUAUUCCUUGGAGGAUGAAUUUAGCACUCUCUAUAUAGUCGGCCUCUCCUGUCUCGGAAUCGGCCUGUCGCUCUUCGUCAUCAUCGGUUUCGUCUGCAUUUUCUACUUCCACAGGAACCGCAUUGGACACUACAACUUCAGCACCAAACCCAAGCAGGAGACCUUCACCUACCUUGUCUUUAACACCUAAAGGUGCAGCGGCACCCUCAACCAAAGUCACUGAAUUAGAAAAGAGAAGCUAUCUUUCAGCAAACCAAUUUGGCCGACCAUUACAAGUUCAACUGCCACUGGGGGGCGCUGUUGCACCAUUCACAUAUUAGCUGUAAUGAAACAUAUUAAACAAAGAAUGGAAUACAGAUUAUUUAUAUUUAUAUUGUAUGUCCCCAUAGCAUAUA